AUGGAGUGUGUUUUGGCUCAUGAGAAAGAUUUGAAUCUCAAGGCAACAGAGCUUAGAUUGGGUUUACCAGGGAGGACAGAUGAAGAAUCUGACAAAGAAAUUGUAUUUCAUUUCAAGAAUAACAAGAGGGCUUUGCCUGAGGAUGAAGAUUGUGAAUCAAACUCCAUUUCAGAUCCCAAAACUCCACCUGUUGCCAAGACACAAAUAGUAGGGUGGCCACCAGUAAGAGCUAACAGGAAAAAUAGCUUUCCAUCAAAGAAAGCAGAAGCUGAAUGUGGGAUGUAUGUGAAAGUUAGUAUGGAUGGAGCCCCUUAUCUUAGAAAAAUUGAUCUGAAAUUGUACAAGGGUUAUCCAGAACUGUUGAAGGCAUUAGAGAAAAUGUUCAAGCUGAGUAUCGGUGAAUAUUCAGAAAGGGAAGGGUAUAAAGGGUCUGAAUUUGCUCCUGCUUAUGAAGAUAAAGAUGGUGACUUGAUGCUUGUUGGAGAUGUUCCUUUUGAAAUGUUCUUAUCAUCAUGUAAGAGGCUAAGGAUAAUGAAAGGAUCAGAAGCAAGAGGAUUAGGAUGUGGAGUUUGA